AUGGCCAAGGCCUUCGCCACGGUCUUCACCGUGGCCUUGAAGCACUCACCAUGGCCUUCGUCUUCGCCAUGGCCCCAAGGCCCUCACCGGGAGCUUGAGGUGUUCGCCGUGGCCAAGGCCUUUGCCAAGGUCUUCACCAUGGCCUUGAAGCACUUGCCAUGGUCUUGGUCGUUGCUAUGGCCUGAAGGCCGUUCCUCGCAGGCGAUGCCAGCGUCUGGCCGGAAGAGGAAGGCCAACUUCUCCAAUGACGAGACUGAGACGCUGGUCUGGAAUGUGGUCCGGCAUUUCAGCGCCCUGUAUGGGUCUGAAGCCCUGCGGGCUCACCCCGUGCGGCGGAAGCAGCUCUGGACCCAAAUCCAAAGCCGCGUCAACUUCCUGGGCUACACCGAACGCUCCAUCGACGACCUCAAGCACAAGUGGCGCGACCUGCGGUUGGACGUCAAGAAAAAGAUCACCUCCAAGAAGCACCUGCCCAUGAACCGCGCCGGCGGGCCCCUCCACAAGCCGCGCCUCACGCCCCUGGAGAAGAUGGUGGCUUCCAACUUCUUGCAGGGCCACACACACCCGGAGCCCGAAAUCAUCUUGGACCCAGAUCUGUUCUUCCCCGGCGCGACCAAGCAGUCCUUCAUGCACCUGCAGCCCGGCGUGAGCCACCCCAGCAUCUACAUCGACACCAACGGGCAGCCCUCGUCCCUGCCGGACGUGGAGGGCUCCGCCGUGCCCCGGCUGGCAGUGCAGAGCCCCGACCCCUCCGUCAUCUGCGAGUACAGCCGAGGGGAAGGACAGAGCAGUUCGG